GGGGAAGCUGGUUCGCCGCCCGCCCGCAGCGGAAGGGGGGUCAGGGGCCGCGCGGCUGUUCGCCCCCCAGCCGCAUCUCCGCCGUGCUGAGGGGAGCCCGUUAACCGGCCGUUAGAAACCCGGAUGUCUUUCUGAAAAAGUCCAAAUUAUUGUCUCGACACGGGAAUGGCUUGAAAUGCGGCUUCCUUCUUUUUUUUCCUAUUUUUUUUUUUUCACCCCAUUAUACAAUGAAACUAACUCUUGCAGAUUUGUAUAUUCCCCCCCCACCCCUGUAUCCUUGGAGCUUUAUUUAGAUUUUUUUUUAAGACUUACCAGUCAUGGGAAAGAAAAUGCAGUUUUUGCUGCUCCUCAGCCUUGGAGGGGAACUGAUUUUUCGGUGAAGCCGCGUGUUUUGGGUGAUGGUAGUUCCUGGAAAUGCCCCAGUUAUCCAUCAGGAUCGUGCUCUGGAGCCUGACUUAGGACGAGACUCAACGGCGAACUCUGCCAUGGGCCCUGACGCGGAGCCGGCGGCCGAGGAGGUUGGAGCGGAGCUGGAGGAGGUGCGGAAGCUGCGGGAGCUGGUGAGGAGGCUGGAGAUGGAGAAUCAGCACCCGAGAAUGAAGAGCAGCAGGAGCACGCUUGGGACAAACCCGCAGGGCGACAUCCACGCUGCUGUGGAUAACCCUGGGCUCAACGGGAUGGAAAUCAAUAACAGCAUCAACGCCAUAACCGAGAAGCAAGAAUUGCAAAUCAUGGCAGAUCUGCACAACCAGUUAAGCAAAAUAAGGAAAGAGGAAGGAGGGAACAACUGCUUGAAAAAAGACAGAGAUGCCCAAAUGCGAUACAGUUGCAACAGUGCCACUGAGGAAUUGUCUUCCAACGUGUGUAAGGUGGAAAUGAAGAGUGAUGAUAAAAUCAGAUGUUCCUCAUUUGUGGAUACAAGCGAUAGCACAGAGCUUGUGGGAAACCUGGUCAUUGCGGGUGUUGAUUCCUCAGUUAAAAUAAAUGAACAAAAUCCCAAAGAGAAAUGUGGAGAUCUAGAAAGUCUUUCAAAUAGCACAGAUCUGGAUGAAGUGACAGUGUUAGAACUUGAAAAUUGCACUGAAGAAGAAGAUUGCUGGCUCUAUGUGUCGCCGAGAAAAUCUAUGACAGAUCAGAAAACAGACUCGCCUUUAAAAUGGUGCCGACAAGUGUUGGACAAUCCCAGUCCUGAAACAGAAGCAGCCUGCCGAACUCUUAUCACCAGACUCGACCAAGCCAGUAGAUGGAAAAACCUGUAUUGCAGUCCAUUGGCAUCACCCAGCGCACAUAACUUGAAUACAGAGCCAGGCUCCUGUAGCAAUGCACUAAACUCUCCCGGGCAUCUCAAAUCGACUAACAAAGCACUACUAACCUGUGGCAGCUCAGGUUAUCUGAGCAUGCAUUCUGCGCUGAGCUCUCAGUCGUCAGUGGACAGUGAGCUGAGCACCUCUGACGACUCCAUCUCCAUGGGAUAUAAACUGCAGGACCUGACGGACGUCCAGGUUAUGGCACGUCUUCAGGAAGAAAGCCUCCGGCAGGACUGUGCCUCCAGCUCUGCUUCGGUCUCGCGUCGCAGCUCCAGCGCCUCCCUGCACUCCCUGCGAAGAGGCACCUACAGCGACCAGGAGUUCGACACGUACAGCCUCGAGGACGAGGAUGAUUACGAUUGUUCCCUGUCGUACCGCAGCGCUCACAGAUAUUCGCCGUCUCCGCUCAGUUCCCCCCGGUGCCAGUCGCCUUCUUCCAGUGCAGAUUACGGCAGGUCCUCGACUUCCCGGAUCCGUCCCCCGCGGAGGUCGGUGCAAAGUCCGAUGCAAGACCGGCUCAAGUAUGCGAGCAGCGAAGAGGAGAUGCGCCACAGCAUGCCCAACCUGGCCAGGACGAGCCUUCGAACGCUGGAGUCUGUCCGGAGCAGUCGGAGCCUGGAGUCAGAUCUGCAGGUGCCGAGCAGUCGAAUUCCAAGAACUCAGCAGCGGUCGGCAGGUCUGGCUCCCAGUAAGCUCAGGUAUUCCUCCACUGCCGGGCAGUCUCCCCUCACUGUGCGACAACCGAUGAAAGCAGCGGCGUGCACAAACUCUCUCUUAACACCCAGGCAGCCAGUAAAAGCCUGUGGUUACACAAGUGCUGUCAGUGGAGUUCGAAAACCACAGGCGGCUUUGCUUAGUCCGGGCUCUUCCAGUAGCAGUUGCACUACCAGGAGCAGUAACAUGGUCACUGUGGCAAAAAAUUCGCCCCUCAAAGCGCGCACGUCUGUCGGAGGAACCUCGGUGCCCAAGAGCAAGGCAACACCACCAUCCAAGAGCAGAUUUCUCCAGUCAGCACAGACCGCGCAGGCCCCAGAUGACGACUCCUGGAAGGACGGGUGUUACUGACACUGCCAAACACACAGCGCUGUGACACUGACCCCAGCUGGCUGGGCGUGAAAACCUCACUGGGAAAUGACGAGAGACCCGUCACAGUGCAGGCCGGUGUAUAUAGUCCCUAUCCUCACCUUCUGCCGAGAGCCCAACCUCCUCCUGGCGGAGCAGCUGUGUUUCCACCGUUCAAAACGUUGCUGAAAUCCGAGUCUUCCCGUGAAGACUGAAAAGAGCCUUAUUUCACAUAAACCUCUACUUACAGCCCUUUGGAAGGUUUGUCACACAAGAACUUGGUAGGUGUCCUGCUCCUGAGGACACUUGCCACUCGUCCUGUUUGUGCCAGAAAGCAGCUUUGAGCCGUUGCUGUGGCGCAUUGCACAGCAGCGGCUCGGGGAGACUAGAAAUAGUGACAUAGGUGUUAGAAACAAGACUUUUUAAAUUCAACCUGUUGUACUUUGUCUGAAACUCAACUGGUUUUGUUUUUGUUUUUUUUUUUUUUACGUCUGUAUAGAAUGUAUUUCUGCUACUUUUUAUUGUUUGUUCUAGAAGACGAAGCAGGUUUUUAUAACUGUAGUACACUUUGAGCUGUCGUGUUCAGGUGUGUGCAGCACAGGCCCCGGGUGAAGGAGCAGUACACAAUAUUUGUGUGGGGUUGUGAACAGGUGAUGCUACUUGAAAACUGUUGAUCAGCAUCUUCCUAUCCCAGAUGCAGAACUAACAACCGCCGGUUAAAAGUGAACUUUUAACCAAUAACCCCCCUGACUGAUUUGACUUGAAAUGUUUCCCUUCACUCUCUUCCAACUGCCCUCAUUUUUGUAGAAGAGUUUUCUACUGUCUCUUUGGCUGUGAAGGAUUCUCAGUGUCCUUUUUCCUCAGCAAGUGCUGGAUGCUAUGAAUACAGUCUUAGUACAGAAAAUAUGCACUGAUAGCAACAUUCUCCAUCAAUGUGAUUUUGAUAGUGUAGUUUAAUAAAACUGUUAUGGUGCUGAAAUAGAUCUGCUUUAUUCAGCUGA